GGAUGAUGAAGCCAAUGAUGCAAGAAUAAUUAAGGAAGAGGACCUCAGUGUCCAGAGAGACGGAGGAGUGUCUGGAUGACGGGAACGUCAGAAAGAGAUUAAUCAGCUGUGUGACUGAGUUUUAGUCAGAAAGCUGGUGGAGCUCAGCAGCUUCUCCUCUCUGAUGAUGGAGACCCAGGACGGAGCAGAGCUCUGCUUUCCAGAACUCCUCAACACCUCCUGCAGGAAGCCGACACCUCCUGGUUCUGAAGCUGUGCUCCUGCACAUCCUGCUGUCCUCCAUCUCUGUGCUCACUGUGGCUCUCAACCUGCUGGUCAUCAUCUCAGUCUCACACUUCAGGCAGCUUCACUUUCCCUCUAACCUCCUCCUCCUCUCUCUGGCUGUUGCAGACUUCCUCGUGGGCCUUUUUGUGAUGACUUUUGAAAUCCUGCGAAAUUCAGAGUGCUGGUUUCUUGGUCCAUUAAUCUGUUCUUUUUCUGCUUUUAUCACCAUCACUGCAACCUGUGUAUCAAUAGGAGACAUGGUCCUCAUAUCAGUGGACCGUUAUGUGGCUGUUUGUCAUCCUCUGCAUUACUCCACCAGAGUCACUGUGAGAAGAGUUCAAAUUUGUAUUUUUCUGUGUUGGCUCUGUUCUGUUUUCUACAUCAUUCUCUUUUUAGGUGCUGGUUUGAUUCAAACAAGCAGCCAUGAUUCCUGUCGGGGUCACUGUGAGGUCACCAUCACAUUCAUUGCAGUAACGACUGAUAUUGUUAUUUCCUUUUUUCUUCCCAUCUCCGUCGUCGUGGUUCUGUAUGUGAGAGUGUUUGUGGUGGCUGUGUCUCAGGCUCGUGCCAUGCGCUCUCAUGUUACAGCUCUCACACACAAACCAUCAGUGAACGUAAGAAGCAUGAAGUCUGAGCUGAAAGCAGCCAGAGCUCUGGGUGUCGUUGUCGUCGUGUUUAUAAUGUGUUUGUGUCCGCUUUAUGGUGUUAUUCUUUCAGGAAAUAACUUCAUGAAUACACCAUCUGGCUUCAUCCUUACCUUUAUGUAUUCUAUUAACUCCUGUUUAAACCCUGUGAUUUAUGCUUUAUUCUACCCCUGGUUUAGAAAAACCAUUAAAUUCAUUGUUACUCUUCAGAUCCUGAAGCCAGGAUCCUCUGGAGCAAAAAUACUGUGA